AAUUUCCAUGUAGACUGAGCGCUGAAGUACAUACGUCUAAUCUUUAAGAACGAUUUCCAUAGCAUUGUGUGUACUGCUAUAUUAAUAAUAUAUUAGAAGUAGUUUUUCGAAAAAGCGUACCAAUAACUACGUACUUCUUUAGUUUUUCGUAUAUUGUCUCCUAUAUAUACGAUUUCCUUAUGACGAAAUACUUAGGUACGAAACAUUGGUCUCAGUGGUCUCCAAUUAUAUCCCGUAGGACGCGAACCCUAGCAUGGACUCUGGUUAUCCUGCACUAGCUACGACCCUGAGAUAAUGCAUUGCAUAUAACAGUAUCUAGGUGUUAUAUCAGAUUAGUUAGCGAUUUACAACGAAAUCUAGAAAGAUAUCGACAAAGUGACACUGUCAAAAUUUAGAAAAUAUCCAGAAAAGAAUAAUGACAGGAAUUUGCAAUAUUCUGUGCUUUGUCACAGUGGUUACGAUGGUAACUGCGACCGAUUACUGCCUUUUGACAUCGUGUACAGAGAAAUAUAGCCACACUAUGUGCAAAUAUCCUUCAUCAACACCAGCUAUAAAGUGCGGAUACUUCUAUAAUAUUGGCUUUAAUGAUACUGACAUCAGGAAUAUAGUAAAUAUACACAAUGACCUGAGACAACAAAUCGCAUCGGGUCGGGAAACUAGAGGACGUCCUAGUCCACAACCACCAGCGGUUAAAAUGCCAUAUGUGACUUGGGACAGAGAACUAGAGAAUAUUGCGCAAAGAUGGGCCAUUCAAUGCAACUACGAUUAUGACAAAUGCAGAAAUGUGGAUAGAUGUGUAGUUGGUCAGAACAUAGGUUUUUCAAUCUCUUCAGCAGAAGACUCAUCCGGUGUGCAACUGGUUAAAGGAAUGUACAAUGGAGUAGAUGCCUUUGAUAAAAAUAAAGUUUCCCUUCCAUAUGAAUAUGAUCCAGUUACAAUCCAUUAUACUCAAAUGGUUUGGGCUAACACAACAAAAGUCGGUUGUGGACAAAUAAAGUUCCAAAGAAAUGGCUUGCACGUGCACCACGUAGUUUGCAAUUAUGGUCCAAGCGGAAAUGUGAUCGGUGAUUUCAUAUAUGAAGUAAAAAUUUAAAUUACAAAUUAAACCCAACGGAGACAAUUAAAGGUUCUAUUUAUACCUAUCCAAGACGUGUUAGUGCCGGGUCCGUUCAGUUCCGUGAAUUUCCAUCUCUAUUCAGUUCCGCGAAACUCGCCAGAAGUGUAAACAUGUCAAUUAAAAAGUAAAGAAGGAAGAUUUGUUAUCACUGAUAACGACGACAAUCCGCGGAACUGAACGGAUACGGCAUUGACGAGUCACGAAUAUGCGUACACGGACCAUCACACAUAUCCGUCAAGUGUUCGUUCAGUUACGUGAACAUCCGUCAGUAUCAAUGAUAACAAAUAUUGUUUCCUUCAUUUUUUUUACUGGAUUUGUUCACACGGGCUGUUCAAUCUUAUUUGCUUUUUCUUCAUCUAAAGUUAUAACAAUUAUUGUGAAUUUGUCAUCCGAAAACUGAUACAGUACUGAAACGUCAUAAAUAUGUGUAAAUAAACCUUAAAAAUAUAACGUAAAAAAGUAGGAAAGCAAAUAAAAGUUGCAGUAUGUUCUAUUAGGAAAAUCCAACCA